AAAUAUAUAUUAAAAUUUGCAUAUUCCUUCCUUUUCGCGAUUCAAUUCGAGUAAGAGAAUUGCCUCUAUUAUAAUAAUUAAAAUAUCUACCUGGCUUUUGUUUAUAGUUAAACCGCAUAUUUUCUUCUGCUCCAUUAUAUUAAAGAGUUUUUGAGACGAAUCAUCAGUGAGGAAUUUAUGUAGGGCUCUUAAAAGCAUUAAAAAUUGAAAGAGAGCAUACAAAAAAAAAAGAGCGAAGAAUAAGUUCGGCCGGUGAUAAAUCGAUCGGCUCUCGUAACGCUCUAAAACCCAUUGAAAAUAAAAUACGAUAGGAAGCGCGAGAAUGAACGAAAAACACUGAUUUUAAAGAAACAAGUGUUCUCUUUUUUUCGGCAGAUUUUCUUCUUUUAGAUCACUAUACAAUCACCGCGUGUAUAAUAUAAGAGGAUUUGAGACGAUUCCGUCAUUUUCAAUCUUAUCUCCGCGACAGAUCAGUUGUAUAUUUUCAUUUCAUAUUUAAAUUUUAUUUAUCUCUUUGGAUUUACGUGACAAUUUUGGUACCGAUAUAAUGCAACGUUCAAAUGUCAUUCAAAUUGGUUUAUUGUUUGUUGUUUUGGUAUUUUUCACGACUGAUGUCAAGUGUAAUUCGGUGAAAAAUUUAAAGAAAAAAGAUGGUUGGAUGGGUUUUAGUAUGUCAUGUACAAAUGAGGAUCCACAGAAUGUCUCUGUAUCGUGUCAUGGGGUGAGAAUUGUGCGUCGGAUCGUUCAACAAUUAUUGGAGAAUACCGCGAAACAACGGAGUAUUGAGCUUUUUGAUGGUGUCACUUUGGUGGACACUAAUGAUGCAAAAUCAUCAUUAUCAUCAUCACGAAGUUCACGAUUAUUGAUGGGACCAAAAUCGAUUUUACAGUUUUUCGAUGGAAAGGAACUGAGGAUAAAAUUGCCGACAUUUUUACCAGGAAAUAUUGAAUCGGCUUUUAGGGCAAGUUUGCCCUCAGCUAAUCAAGCUCGUGGAGGAGGUGGAGGUGGAGGAGGGGGAGGUGGCAAAAAAGGCGAUGGAGGUGUCAUGAUGAUGGCUUUAAUGAUGGGAAAAAUGAUGAUGGCCCUUGGCUUCAGCGCCCUGGGAGCUUUAGCAAUGAAAGCCCUGAUGGUCUCAUCUUUGGCGCUGAUGCUGUCAUUGAUAACUGCAGUGAAGAAACUCUCAAGUAAAGAUGACAAGGACGAACAUCAUGUGGUCUAUGCGCAGGAAGUUGCACAUCAUCGUCGCAGGCGAAGUGCAUCAUUUGACAAUGACCUUGAAUUCUCACCUUAUCGAGGUCAUCAAAAUUUAAAAUUAAAAUUAUCGUGACAAUAAUUUUGUAACUUGUAGCGAAUUUCGUUAGUAUUUUUCUUCCUCUUUUUUUUUUAUUUAAAACGCAUGAUUAGGAUUUUAGCCAUUAUAAUGCGUUUUCGUGCUACUGAUUGCGGUGCAUUAGUGACAGUAAAACAGAAAUAAUAUUGGGGUAACUGUAAAGUAACAGCAACAAUGACAAAAGUACUCGGCUACAUAGACUGAAAUAAUAGAAAGUGACAUUUUUUUUUUUUAGAAAAUAAGCUCUAUACAUGUUCCUAUUUAUUAUACAAGGUAAUCAUUAAGUUCCGAAUUGCCCUAAAAAUAUUAUUUUCGUCUUCUCCUAUUUAUUAUUAUUGUUGUUAUUAUGUCAUUCUGGCUUUUGUUAUUAUUAUUUAUAUAUAAUAAAUAAUAAUACCUAAUUAUAAUAAUAAUUAAAUUAAAAAUGUAAUAUAAAAUCAUAAUUAAAAAAAAGAUUAUAGUGGGUACAAAACUUAAUGAUUAUCCUCGUCACAUCAGUUAGAGAAUUGUGAUUCUUUUUACGAUUGAGAAUGUUGUUUUAUGGUGGAUGAAUUUUUUAUUGUAAUAGAUAUAAUAAUUAAUUCGAUGACUUAUUAUACGGACUUGUAACGAAUUCCCAAAGACUAGACGAGAUUACUUUUCUUAGAUUAUUAUUAUUAUUAUUAUUAUUAUAUUUAUAAAUUGGGAAAUUAGCAACAAUUAUUUUAUUUAUUAUUUAUUUUAGUUCUCUGUAGGUUCUAUUUAAUAAAAAAAAGUCAUUUUGUCAUUUUA